GUCUGCGCAGAGCGCAUACUGCGGCAGACACGUGACAGAAUCGUGCACGCAGCAUUAUCGUCCGGGUAGAAAACGCGAGGAAAAAUGACCGACAAGAAAGACGGCGAAACCUUUGAUGUUUUGGAAUUGGCAGAGCACGUCAAGAAACAAAGGUGGUGGAGCAAAAUGUUUGGCAAAAAUAACUCUGGACCUGUGGCUGAGAAGUACUCUGUUGCAACACAGUUGGCCAUUGGAGGAGUGACUGGCUGGUGUGCAGGGUACUUAUUUCAGAGAGUCGGGAAGGUUGCUGCAUCAGCUGUUGGUGGUGGAUUCUUUUUGCUCCAGAUCGCUCACCACACGGGCUACAUUACAAUAGACUGGAAACGGGUUGAGCACGAUGUGAACCAAGCCAAGAAACAACUGAAGCUAAAUUCAGAAAAGCCAACCAAAGAAGUGAGAUCAAAAUUCAAUGAGGUGCAGGUGUUUGUCAAGAAAAACAUUGUUCUCACAGGAGGCUUUGCUGGUGGAUUUCUGCUGGGUCUGGCCUCAUAGAGCUCUCUCUCAUACUACCUUUAUGUCUUUUAAAUAAAGGAUAUAAAUCGAUUACAUAUACAGCA